AUGGCGUUCAAGACAUCGCAGGUAGAUCUCCUGAUUAUUGGCGCCGGGCCGGCAGGGCUCAUGGCGGCCUGCUGGGCGAGCCGAUAUGGGAUGUUGACGCGGAUAAUCGAUGCCAAAGAGCAUCGGACAGAGACCGGCCAUGCUGACGGUGUCCACAGCCGGACCUUGGAGAUCCUUGAUAGUUUUGGGAUCAUGGAUCCGAUUAUGCGGCGAGGGGUCCAUGAGGUUGAGAUGAGCUAUUGGGGCGUCAAUAAGGAGACAUCGAGGCUCGAAUGCCAGCAACGUGCGCGCUCCCAGCCGGAGGGACUAUCACGAUUUGGACAGAUGCUGCUGAACCAGGGUGAGGUGGAGCAGAUUUUGAUUGAUUAUAUUGAGUCAAAGGGGCGGGUCAAGAUCGAGAGACAGAGGCGUGCGGAUAAGAUAUACUUCACUGACCACGAGAGUCAUCCAGUAACCGUGGAAAGCACGACUCAGGGGACAGAUCGCAUGACGCAGGUACUAAGCCCUGAAGACAGAACGGACGCAACAGGGAAUGCCCAAGUCACAGAGCUGAUCCAGGCGCGGUAUGUCGUCGGCUGCGACGGUGCCCGGAGUCUGGUUAGAGAACAGCUCAAGGUGCCGAUGGACGCCGAAUCGACCGACUCCAUGUGGGGGGUUAUUGAUAUUGUGCCCAUUACUGACUUUCCUGAUAUCCGGCAGUCCUGCGCCAUUCACUCUGACCAGUACGGGAGUGUCAUGACUGCCCCGAGAGAAGAUCGGUUGGUUCCUUUUUAUAUUCAACUCAAAGGGGAGGGUGACCUGGAUAGGAAGGCCAUGGACAAGACGGAAGAGUCACCCCAUGCUUUGAUCCAAAUGGCUCAAAGGAUAAUGCAGCCUUACAGUCUGACCUACAAGUAUUGCGACUGGUCGUCGAUAUAUCCUAUCAAACAAGGCCUUAUCAAGCAGUAUCACGUCAACAACCGUGUCUUCCUCGCCGGUGAUGCAGCGCACACCCACUCGCCAAAGGCCGGUCAGGGAAUGAACGUUUCUAUUCAAGACACGUACAAUCUGUUAUGGAAGUUGGGAUCCGUGAUCACCGGCGUCUUGAGUCCCGAGAUCCUUGAGACCUACGAGCUUGAACGGCAUCCUGUUGCGCAGGAGUUGAUGAAGAUGGACUCUAAGCUGGUCCAGACUUACGAGCAAAGCAACGCGCCCAUUAGCGAGGUUUGCAAAGUACGCAGACAAUUUUCAGGGUUUAUGUCUGGAGUCGAGGUGACUUACGGGCCGAAUGUCCUGAUCGCGUCAAAUGAGCUCGGCGAGAGGUCACAGCGUGCGAGGAAUGUAACAAUCGGGAGAAGAUUGGGGACGGUUCCCGUGGUCAACCAGGCAGAUGCGUCCACGAUAGAACUUGCAAGAGCCCUGCCGAGCACCGGUGCAUGGAGACUGCUUGUUUUCCCGGGAGACUUACGACGAAAAGAGAAUGUUAAAAAGCUGGAUAUAUUUACAGAGGCAUUCCAGAGUCAUGCAGAAUGCGGCAACUCUAGCAAUGUACUGGCAGCAGUCAUUCAGCGGAUGGUAAUUGAGCUGAUUCUGAUUCAUAAGAGCCCAAGGACAUCGGUGCGCCUGCUGGACUUGCCAGAGCUGUUCCAUCCGUUCGACGAAAACCUGGGGUGGGACUAUGGCAAGGUCUUUAUUGAUGAAGGGAGCGCUUACGCGGAAUUUGGGAUUGAUGAACAAAUUGGCUGUGCUGUUCUAUGCCGCCCAGACCAGCAUGUUGCUUGGGUUGGGGGAUUGGAUGAGGUCUCCGGUUUGGAUGCAUAUUUCUCCGCACUAUCCACGUAG